UCUCACUUCCGCCCUCGUCAAUAGGAGAAAAAUCGAUUUUGUGAUAACAGACUUACGCUUACGCGUUCUCGUGCUCUCGUUCUGCAGCUUAACUCGUGAAUAGCAGUGAGAAAAUUUGGCAAACAUGAAUUUGGAUUUUGCCAAGGUGUGCAGCAAGCACAUCGGCAUCUACGAGGCUUACUACAAACAGAUCGACCCGAAAGGCACUGGGGCAAUUGAGGCCAUGACGGCGGCCAAAUUUCUGAAGAGGUCCGGUCUCAGCGAUGUGGUGCUCAGUCGGAUUUGGGAUCUGUCCGAUCCGAAUGGGAAGGGCUUCCUCGACAAGCCCGGUUUCUUUGUGGCCCUGAAGCUAGUCUCCCUCUCCCAGGCGGGACAGGUGGCCAACAUGAACAACAUCUAUGUGGACACUGUCAACCCUCCGAAAGUGGGUGAAUUACCAAAACUGGUGCCCGCUCGCAUUCAAACAGGUCCCGUCGCUAGCGGGGCCGCAGCCACCGGCGACUGGUCAAUCAGUGUCAUCGAUCGGCUCAAGUACGAGCAGCUGUUCCAGUCGCUCCGUCCCCACGAUGGCAUGCUGCCCGGCGAUAAGGUGAAGGGCGUACUCAUGGAGUCCAAGCUGCCGAUGAACCUCCUCGGCACCAUCUGGGACCUGGCCGACCAGGACAAGGACGGCAACUUGGACAAGCACGAGUUCAUCGUGGCCAUGCAUCUCGUCUACCAGACGCUCCAGAAGCGCACUGUGCCCAGUGUCCUCCCACCCGAGCUGCGGAAGGCCGGUGGCGCUGGACCGCCGCCCAAACCUGCCAUGCCUCCGCCACCAGCUGGCGCUGCCAUGCCGCGUGCCCCCAGCGGUGAGGGAUUCGGCGAUAGUGGCUUCGUAGCCAACUUCCCCAAGGACAUUGCCCCGCCGGCGGCUAUUCCGAUGCCCGUGGCCGUGCCGCCCAUGACCCGUAUUCCGCCCGUGGGCGCGGUCAGUUCCCAGCCUCUGAUCCAGACCGAUCCGCUGAUACCAAUCGGGGCCCCAGUGACGGCCAACGCAGACUGGGUGGUGACGCCUUCCGAGCUGAACCGAUUCGAGGAGAUAUUCCGGCAGUCUGAUUUGGACAAGGACGGCCUGGUCUCUGGCCUCGAGGUGAAGGACAUUUUCAUAAAGUCGGGUAUACCACAACGCAGUCUGGCCGACAUCUGGGCCCUGUGCGACACCAAUCAGUCGGGCAAGUUGACUGUGGAUCAGUUCGCCCUGGCCAUGUGGUUUGUCGAGCGGAAGCAGCGCGGCGUGGAUCCGCCGCAUGUGCUGACUGCCAACAUGGUGCCGCCAUCAAUGCGCUCGACUGUGUCGGGCGUGGACAUGCAGCUACAGGAGACGAAGCCCACGUACUCCAAUCCCGAGCUGGAGAUGAUCUCCAAAGAGAUCGAGGAGUUGGCGCGCGAAAGACGUGUGCUCGAGACGGAGAUCGCCCAAAAGGAGGCGGAUGUGCGCAUCAAAAACGGGGAAGUGCGCAGUCUGCAGAGCGAAUUGGACACGCUGACGGCCACACUGAAGCAGCUGGAGAAUCAGCGGGGAGAGGCACAGAAGCGUCUGGACGAUCUGCAGGCUCAAGUUAACCAAAUUACGGCCGUGUUGGCCAACGUAAGUCUUGACAUAUCCACCACCAACAGCCAGGUGAACAAGAUACGGGACCAGUGCCAGAAGCAGGAGGAGACCAUCAACGAACAGGAGGGCGAACUGAAUGCCAAGCGCUCCGAGCUGCAAAAGCUCAAGGAUGAGGAGACGUCUCUGCAGAAGGAGUACGACGACAACAAUCGCGAGCUCUCCAAGCUGACCAAGCAUCUGCAGAACACGCAGCUCCAAAUUAGCUCGGUGCGUUCGAUGGUCACUCAAUUGAUGGAGACCCAGCGCCAGAUGACCGAUGCGCUGCUCAUAUGUCGCGCCGCCAUGGAGACCCAGAACGCGGAGCUCGUCUCCGAGUACCAGCUGAAGAUUGAACCGGAAUUUGAUCACGCUCGCAAGACCCUCCAGAAGGAGAUCGAAAUGCCCAAGGACGAUCCCUUCGACGAGAACAACAGCGGAGCGGCCAAUCGGGCCAACCAGUCGACAAACGGCUUCGGCAACGAUCCCUUUAGCGGACAGGGCAGCGGCAAGCCAGCCAUCAACGCCGGCUUCGAUGACAGCUUCACGAUGAGCUCCGGCUUUGACAGCGGCUUCGAUGCGUUUGGACAGAGCGGAACAGGCUCUGCUAUGGGCUUUGGCCAGAGCGUAACAGGAUCAGCAGCUGGUUUUGGCCAAACGCAACGCGAUCCCUUCGGUGCCGACGCAUUCGGGGGCAGCAAAAGCAGCGCCAUAACACCGGAGCCUGGGAAGGAUGACUUUGGAAGCGAUCCGUUUGCCUCCCUGCAUGCGCCCACCGGCCAGGGUCAGGUGCUCAGCCCCAACGCACAGAGAUCAGGCCCACCACCACGACCGGAGUCACCUAGUCCAGCAUUGCCCCCAAAGAAAUCCAAGGUGCCGCCACCCAGACCAGCCCCACCGCGAGGACCACAGCCCACAAGUGGUUUUGGCGGCGGUGGCGCCGGCGGGGGAGGAGGAGGAGGCUUCGCUGACUUUGAAGACUUUGACAAUAAGCUCCAGAACAUUCCAAUCACGCCCGCAGCCACGCCCACGCCUAUGGCCACGGUCACCCCUAUUCCAGCGAUCAAUGCCUCGCUGCUGGACAGCUUCUCCCUGUUCGAUGAUGCGGCGCCCGGCUUCAAGACCGCCAGUACACCUCUGCACCCCCUGCUGCCGACGACAUCCUCAUCCUCGUCGACAGCGUCCACAAUUGCCGCCCUCACGAGCACCACCUCCACCAUGUCCAUCAUGUCCACCACCUCAAAUAACCAACACUUGUCGCGUUCCAACACACCGCUCCAGACGCAAGCCACAACGGGAGUGGGAAUCGCGGCAUUGGCAACGACUGGAAGCCUGGGCCUGGAAGCGAGUCUCUUUGAUGCCUUUGGCGGCGGCAAAGGAAACGUCAAUGCAAAAACACCAACGCCAGGCCCCAUCACGGGUCCCACAGACUUCAAGGAUGAUCCGUUCAAGGACUACCGCUAUGAAGAUCCCUUCAGCAUCAAAGAUCCCUUUGCCGACGAUGAUGAGGAGGAGCAGGAGGUUGGCUCCAAGGGGGAGGGCCACAAAAAGAACUUUGCCGAGGACUUUAGCUCAGAGGAUGAGAUGGGAACCGCCGCCGUGAAGACCCUGAACAACAUGAAAGACAUGAACAUCCACAACAGCACCAAACCGAGAGCCGUAACGCCGCUGAACAACGAUAUAAUGCAGCAAUUCGAUGCAUUCAAUUUGAACGCGAGUCCGGCCCCAUCCUCGCACCACUCGAAUGCCUCGCAGAACCACAAAAAGUCCCAGACGGCGCUGGAUGCGUUUGCAGACUUUGAUGACUUUGGAUCGGGCACAGCUGGAACUACAACCACAACAACGACGACGAUGACCAAGAAACUCAACGAUUCCUUCUUCGAUGCAUUUAAUGACAACUUUAAGCUUAACGAUAACACAACCACAGCCACAGGAUCAACACUGACAACGGUAACAAAAGCUAUGGCCAGUGAACAAAUCAGUGGGAACAGGACGGCCUUCGAUGCCUUUGCCGUUAGCAGCGACGCCUUCAACGACAACUUCGAGGACAGCUUCGGCGGCAGCAAGCCGACCAACUCCACCCAACUGGACAACAACUUUGCCAAAUUCGAGGCCUUCGAUGUCCACAACUUCUCGAGUGACUUUGGCAAGGGCUUCCCGGAGGGCAAGCAGAAUGGCGGGACCAAAAAGGAACAAACUAAGGAUAGGUACGCGGCGGACUACUCAAAGCCGGAGAGCUUUGACGCUGAUCUGGAGGAGGCGCUCAAGCGCAGCGUGCUGGACAAUUGACAAUCGAGGAGAGAAGGGUGCAAAACGAAACAGAAGUGUGUGAUCGAUCAAUUAGAAAUCUCCAAUUAAGUGCAUAUAAUGUUCUAUACGACACCAUUUUAUUAAUAUUAUUUAUGAUCGCUUAAUUCAGGCUUCGAGCCUCAUGUAAUUGCGCUUUUCCUGUUCCUCUUCUGGGCUCAAGGAUUUGAUUGAUUCGAAUUUUGAAUUGCACGUCUGCCGUGUGCGGACGAGAAACAUUGGUAUUACUGCAUAUCUAUAAGCUCUUUAAGUACGUUCAUAUAUUCGCCUAUAUAAAAUUAUUAAAUUACCAGUAAUCAUAUACUCGUAGACCAUGAACAUAAUACUAUUUAACCUGUACCAAAAGUCUAUGAAUAAAAGUCUAUAACGAAUGAA